GUUUCUUCUUGUUUAUAGUAACUCAAAACAUCGACGGCUCUCCUCUGAAAGAGAUGCAGUGCGUCAAAUGUGCGAGAGGAUACAAAGCUGUUAACAAUGUUUGUACGAAAUGCGAAGCCUGUACAUGCAACAAGAAUCAGAUCAUAGUCAGAGGCAUCUGUAUACCGAAGAACUAUGUGAAUGCCAGACCGAAGUAUGAGGAGGGGAGCCUUCAUCCUUUGGCCUUGUUGGAUGUUGUUAAACAUGAGUAUUUGUGUAUGGUAAGAGAAGCUUUCUUUGCAACAUGUACUUAACUCCUUCAUCAACAUGAUGAGCCUUAACUAAGCCACUGCUGAGCAUAAGACCUAUGCUUUGUUUGUGCCUGUUUCUUCUGCAUCUUGCAAUUCACAUAUAUCCUAUUUCUACAUCUCAUCCUUGGCAUCCCGGGAUUUUGCUAACCAAGUUAUUACGGGUAGCUAAGUGUCCUGCGAAGGGCCAUAGGAAUAGUUUUUCUUAUUUGUGGUCAGAAUUCAAUCAUGUAAUAAAACAUAGAAUACGAGAACAUUUUAGAAAGGAACCAACAUUUUAUGAACAUAUUUGUAAUACAGUACGGAUUAGCCAUUAAAAUAUGGUAUUUUAUUACAGCAAAACAAUGGACGAUCCUGCCACACUUUAGCUAAUGAAUGCGUGAGGAAUUUCUACAGCACCGACCCAGCCGGCCCCUGUAGGCUUUGGAUACAGUCCAACUUAGCGACCCCGAAAGGUAGGAGACUCCCGCGAGAUUACAAGUUUGAUACAGUUCUUAAUCACAUUGUAAAUUAUUCAGGAACUUUUAAGAUGUUUGAUGAAGCCUCUUCGACUGCUUACUAUGAGAUUUUAAAGGUACUACUACUACAGUUUUAAAAGUGAGACACGUGUAUGCAGUGUAGCGCGCUAUCUCACUCCCCUAAUGACAAAGAAUGCGGCUUACGAUAUCAUAGUACAGGUCUCUAAGACUAAUCUUUGGUGAAUAAAUAUGUUCGUUGUAAAUCCGAUCUUAUUAUUUCUAGUUCUGCCUCGCCUUACUGUCGAAUCGACAUUGGAGGACAAAAAUCCAGGGGAGAUUGUACUUGCGCGGAAAAAAGUAAGUAAUUUUUGACCAAACAAGCAAUUUAAACAAUAGCUGCGUGUUGCUCUAAGUCUAUAUCUUGGAAAUCAUUUUAUUUAAUUCGUUAUACGUAUCUUGCAUUUAAGUUAGAUGGCUUAUGCUAUAGGUGCCCAAUUUCAUUAUUUAGUAUUAUUGACUUCUUUAAAUCAUUCGUUGAUAUAUCUAAAGAGAAAGUAUUUUUUUGUGAUCUUAUACUUUUUAGGAUUAUUUAUUGAUUGCUGCAGCUGUUUACAUGCCUAAUGGAGAAGUUAAGUUUUUUAAAGACACAACGCAAAAGAGCUCUCCAUGCCGCCUGCCUAUUGAAAUAAGGAUUGGUCGUGAUUUUACACACGACUGUCCCGUUAACACGUCGCAACUCAGCAAUGAUUUGAACGCGACAAUAUCGCCAUAUUUGUAUGCAGACGGAGAUCUCGUACAAAUACCGGUGUACCCGAUGAAAUCCAAUGGCUACAGUGUGCAGAAAGGAACAUGGCUGUCAAGCAAGUUUAGGCGAUACUUCAUAAUUGACAACUACCUUGCAACUACGAGUAAUAUAACUAAAACUGUGUAUCUACGAACGUUACUUAUAAAAAUACGGUAAGUUGUGAAACA